GCAAAUAAAAGAAGAGACUGUGCAGUAAAUUAAUUCCUUUCGGGGGUUCUCAUCGUCGUCAAGGAACAAGCUUUUACAGAGGUUUACAUAAAUUAGGGUUCUUAUCUCCAAAACCCACCUCACUCAUGGCUGCUAAAGUUUCUGUCUCUCCCACAAGCCUCAUAGAUCAGAUUGUGGUUCCAGGUGAUGUUGUUCUUGAUUUAUCAAACAUGACUAACCAGACAAUCAAGCUCGGCAGUGGCCUUCAUCAGGAUAAUGAUGUUAUCUCCGCCAUGAGAGCUGGCAAAUUAAGUUUUUGCAAGCCUAAUAAGUAUUGGGUCGAAAGUUCUCACAAACGGUACAUACCCCGCCCUGAGGAUCAUGUUCUUGGAAUUGUGGUAGAUUCUAAGACAGAUAAUUUUUGGGUGGACAUAAAAGGACCUCAAUUAGCGCUUUUGCCAGUUCUUGCAUUCGAAGGAGGAACACAAAGAAAUAUUCCCAAGUUUGAGGUAGGCACUCUGCUUUAUCUUCGGGUUGUCAAGACAAACACAGGAAUGAAUCCGGAGCUGUCUUGUACCGACGCAAGUGGGAAAGCUGCAUUAUUUGGACCCUUAAGAGAUGGUUUCAUGUUGGAAACUUCAACUGGUCUUUCAAGAAUGCUGUUGAGUUCACCAACGUGCCCGGUCAUCGAAGCUCUUGGAAAGAAACUCUCAUUCGAGAUAGCUGUGGGCUUAAAUGGCAGAGUUUGGGUAAAUUCUGCUGCUCCACGUACAGUCAUUAUCGUGGCCAAUGCUAUGAUGAACUCGGAAUCUCUAAGUGUGACUCAGCAGAGAAUCAUGGUUGAGAAAUUGCUAGCGAAAAUUUCAGACUAAUACGUUUUUGUUCCUUGAAAUGUAUAAUGAACCCUGAUGAUGCUCUUUAGCAAGCGAUUUUGAUUUAUUCAAAUACAAUUUUAUA